AUAAAGUGCAAAGACUGUGCAUCAGGAAACAACAGUGCUACUCUUCAAAUAACUCAGAAGUUAAAUCAGUUUUGUUGAACAGCUACAAAAGUGUUCAAACAUGGCCACCACUACCACCAUGGAAGUGGCAGAUAUUAUUGUUGUAGCAGUCUACUUCAUCCUGGUGCUAGCGAUCGGCUUCCUGGCCAUGUGGAAAGCCAAUCGGAGCACAGUGAGCGGCUACUUCCUCGCUGGUCGCUCCAUGAACUGGGUGGCUGUAGGAGCUUCUCUAUUCGUCAGCAACAUAGGAAGUGAGCAUUUUAUUGGACUUGCGGGAUCUGGUGCUGCUAGUGGGUUCAGUGUGGCGGCAUGGGAAUUCAAUGCUCUAUUAUUGCUCCAGUUGUUAGGCUGGAUGUUUAUCCCUGUCUAUAUUCAUUCUGGAGUUUACACCAUGCCAGAGUACCUGUCCAAAAGGUACGGUGGGAGGCGACUGAAGGUGUAUUUUGCCGCAUUAUCUCUCAUCCUCUACAUCUUCACCAAGUUGUCUGUGGACCUCUAUGCUGGGGCCUUGUUUAUCCAGGAAUCUUUAGGGUGGAACCUCUAUUUGUCCAUCAUCCUGCUCAUCGCCAUGACUGCUUUGCUGACAGUCACUGGAGGUCUGGUUGCUGUCAUCUACACGGACACAAUCCAGGCAUUCGUUAUGAUCGCCGGAGCACUAUGUCUUACAGGCAUCAGCCUCUUCAAAGUGGGAGGACUUGAAGGGGUGAGGAUCAAGUACAUGCAGGCCACUCCAAACAUCACUGCCAUCUUGCUGUCUUCACCCAACCUGACGUAUUCUGAAUCCUGCCACCACCACCUCAACCCGAAGCCAGAUGCAUUGAAGAUCCUUCGAGGCCCAAGGGAUCCAGACCUGCCUUGGCCUGGUUUUUUGCUGGGCCAGACUCCUGCCUCUAUUUGGUACUGGUGUGCAGAUCAAGUGAUUAUACAGCGGGUUCUGGCAGCAAAGAACAUCGCCCAUGCCAAAGGUUCUACGAUCAUGGCUGGCUUUCUGAAAAUCCUGCCUAUGUUUAUCAUUGUCAUCCCAGGUAUGAUUUCCAGGAUCUUCUUUGCUGAUGAGUUGGCUUGUAUCACUCCAGAGCACUGCAUGGAUGUGUGCGGUUCUGCGGCUGGCUGUAGCAAUGUGGCUUACCCACGGCUCGUCAUGUCAGUGAUGCCUGUCGGUCUCCGCGGUCUAAUGAUGGCUGUCAUGAUCGCAGCUCUAAUGAGUGACUUAGACUCCAUCUUCAACUCAGCAAGCACCAUAUUCACACUGGAUAUUUACAAGAUGUUAAGGAAGCAGGUGUCCUCCAGAGAGCUUGUGAUAGUUGGCAGACUGUUUGUGAUUUUUAUGGUGAUCAUCAGCAUUGCCUGGGUGCCAGUCAUCAUUAAAAUGCAGGGAGGCCAGAUUUUCUAUUACAUCCAAGAAGUAUCAGAUUAUCUGACUCCACCCAUAGCUGCUCUCUUCUUGCUUGGUGUCCUGUGGCAUCGCUGUAAUGAGACAGGUGCCUUUUGGGGCGGCAUGGUAGGGUUUGCACUCGGCGCACUGCGUCUGGUGCUGGCAUUUGUUUACCGUGAACCACACUGUGACCAGCCUGAUGAGCGGCCAUCCUUCAUCAAAGAUGUCCAUUUCAUGUAUGUGGCAGCCAUCUUGUUUUGGGUGUCAACUUUGGUUACAGUUGUUGUGAGUCUCUGCACUCCUCCUCCCGGAAAAGAACAAAUCAAAACAACUACUCUGUGGGGGUUAAACAAGAGAAAGAGGCUAAAAAAGCAAGGAAAAGAUAAAGCUGGAGAAGAUGUCAAUACUUUGAAACUUCUUAGCCAUGGAACCUUAAAUGGAACCAGUGAGCUUGGUAAAGAAAAGUGUCAAGACCACCCAAACAAGCUAGGCAUUGAGGCCUAUCAAGAAAAUGCUCACCCAAGAAAUGGUCAUGCUAUCAUAGCCACUGACACAGAAACCCAACAUCCAGUCCAUGGUGGCUAUGCACUGAAUACUGACCCCAAAAUGGUAGAAGAAAGAGAAGCGAGAGGAGUGGGGGAUAGGAUUGAGGAAGAAGAGGGUUGCUUUGGAGGAAGAGGAGUGGAGGGUGGAAGGUGUAUGAAGGGUUUAGAGUGGCUCUGCGGCUUCCAGGAGAAACAAUCCGAAGACCAGGUCAUUACGGUUCAGGAACUGGGGAAGAUCACGGAGGAGCUUCUCUAUGAACCUCCACAAACCAGAAUCAUCCUGAACAUAGCACUGGUGGUGAUUUGCUCUGUGGGGAUCUUUCUCUUUAUCUAUUUCUCCUUAUAGGCUCCAUUAAUUCCAAGCAGUGGGCCACGUUU